AUGCAUUCCUACCCCAGAGAUAGGAGCUGCCAAGUGGAACAGUUGCCUGGGCUCUUCCCAAAGGAUGUGAGAGGCAUCAGGAAUUUGUUAAUACAAGGCAAUUCCUUAGACCCUGCUCCUAUUCCGUUGGAAAAAUCAAACUUGCUCUCUUACCAGGUGUCUCCCAAUGUAGGGUCUACCCAGGAACAAGGGCUUCCCCAGAGACUCCUCACCACUAUGACGAGCUCCACAAUUCGAGGAAAUAACAGAGAGAAAAGUACAAUCAAAGAAAGGGUUAGUCAGUCUUCCCUUGCUCAAAUUCUCUUUUCUCAUGAAAACUUGAAGAACAGGCAGAGAUGAAGAGUUGUGGUCAAAGUUCUGACAGCUUUUACACUGUUGCUUGGUGGAAUUUCCAUUAUAGUAUUUGUCAUUUUUGAAGUCCCAUGACCUAGUCAAUGUCUUCAAGGAACCAGAAAGCUCCGCCAAUGCCAGCAGCUAUGGAGAAGGCAAAGGAAGGGAGACCUGCAGCCUGAAACAGAUGAGAAACAGGUUAGACAAGAUGCUCCUAAUUCAUCAAACCCAAAGAAAGCUACACUGAUUAUUGUUAUCCACCAGACAUACUUCUAAAAGUUCUGCUCUGCCUCAAAUACUUGAAGGAAUAUACUGUCUCCUUCUAUACUAUCUUUGUUCUACUGUUAAUCAGUAUGGGCAGAUUCUUGCCAGUGUUACACUCUUACAUUCACUGAGACCUUAUAAUCAACAAUAGUGAUACGAUAGAGAAGGGGAAGCCUGGGCUGAGAAGUUACCCUCAUGCCACUGCUAUUGAUGUAAUACCUGGACUGUGUGAUUCAACUUGGUAUAUCCACAGUAAUGGAUAUAUUUCCAUUCCAUCAAAUGAAGACAAAGGCCUAUCUCCAAACACUAUGAAUGGACCUCACAGCUCUCCUUGAUAAGAUUUAAAUAUAGCAUCCAAACAUCCCAACUGCUAUCAUAGCUGACUUAAAGUUCAACUGGCUUUCAACUAACUAGAUAGGGUGCC